AUGGGACGCGGGCGAGGGGCGGGGCGACCCGGAGACCGCCUACAACACCUCCCGGGCGCAGGCGUGCACUGCUCCAGGCUUGCGCACUGCCGCUCAGGAAUCGGGAACCGGAACGCGCCCUCUGACUUUCCCGGGACCAGAGAAUUCUUGGAUGAGGGUCACGUGGGGAAAGGAGACCGCGCCUAUCCUACUGUUUCUGCCAACUUUCUCUACUGCUCCGUGAGCCGCCAGCCCUCCAACAGAUUUUUGCUCAGAAAGCCGGAGAUCUGUACUGCCAGGGGCUUACGACAGCCGCUCCGUGAGGAGGAGGGUCAGAUUUCUGCGUUUGCUGGGACCCUAGGCUCCAGGCUCUCCCGCCAGCGUCUGCCGUGUGUUCUGACCUCAAACAUUCCCCAGGCAUCCUCAAAGGAAGCAUAUGAGUCCAGGAGCCCCGCCAGGGUCUCCACGGGGCUUCUGGCUGCCAAGCCGCUGUCUGGGGGCCGCGGGCCUGGCCGUGGGCUGCCAGCUCUGUUUGGUUUUCUCCUUCCUGCCUCAGAACCUCAGACGCCGUCUCGCCACGGAGGCGCCCUCAUUCUGGAGAGGCACAAAGCCCCUACACAGCCGGGUUGUGGGAGCUACUUGUGGGGCCUGAAGCUCUGCUCUGCAGGGGCCUGGGACUCUCGAGCAGCAACACCCCAGCUCCAGCUCCCACCAGCCUAUCUCACCAAGUACCACUGGAAAGCACUCUGGCCAUCCCCUGAGGACUUGUGUCCAGCAGAAGCCUUCAAAAGGCCAGACAAGACCAACGGGGGCAGGAAGAUGGGGCAUGUCCUAGACCCCCUCAGCGCCUCAACUCCAGUCAACACCCCUGCUGAGCCCAGUCUCAUUCCAGACCUCAUUACCAGGAUCCCCUGGCCCCGCUGGGCACUCUUUAUCAUCAUUCUUGCUGCUGGAGUCCUCCUGGUCUCUUGUCUGCUCUGUAUCAUCCACUGCUGUUGCCGACGCUGCCAACGCCGGAAGAAACAGCCCAGAGACAAAGAAGCUGUGGGCCUGGGCAGUGCUCACAGGAGCACCACCACUCACCUGGUUCAACCAGAUGUGGACUGCCUGGAGCCCUGCUCUGGGGGUCCCCGACAGUGGGGGCGACUGCUGCUCUCACUGGAGUAUGACGUUGGAAGCCAGGAGAUUAGGGUGGGCCUGAGGCAGGCUGAAAACCUGAAAGCUGAGGGUACAGCAGACCCCUACGCCCGCAUCAGUGUUUCCACUCAGCCUGGGAGAAAACACGAGACAAAGGUGCACCGAGGGACUCUCUGUCCCAUGUUUGAAGAGACGUGUUGCUUCCUAGUCCCACCAGCACAGCUGUCCAGGGCUACCCUGAAGGUGCAGCUGUGGGACUUCAAGCGGUUCUCAGAACACGAGCCACUGGGGGAACUCCAGCUGUUACUGGGUACUGUAGACCCUCAGCAUGUCCUGGAGAGCUGGUACCAGCUGGGUGCUCCAGGUACCACUGAGCCUGAGCAGAUGGGGGAGCUGUGCUUCUCACUGCGCUAUGUGCCCAGCUCAGGCCGCCUGACUGUGGUUGUGCUGGAGGCUCGGGGCUUGAAUCCAGGGCUCGUAGGGCCCUAUGUGAAGGUUCAGCUCAUGUUAAACCAGAGAAAAUGGAAGAAGAGAAAAACAUCCUGUAAGAAAGGCACAACUGCCCCCUACUUCAACGAGGCCUUCACCUUCCUGGUUCCAUUUGGCCAGCUCCAGAGUGUGGACCUGGUGUUGGCUGUCUGGGCUCACGGACUGCAGCUCCGGGCUGAGCCUGUGGGCAAAGUGUUGCUGGGUCCCCGGGCUUCAGGUCAACCUCUACAGCACUGGGCAGAUAUGUUGGCCCAUGCCAGGUGGCCCAUCGCCCAGUGGCACCACCUGCAGUCCCCCAGGGAAGUGGACCAUGCUCUAGCCCUGAAGCCUCACCUACCCCUGCCCAGGCCUCGCUCCUAA